CAUACACAUUGAUCAUAAUUGUUAUUUCCAGCACUUGGAAUUGUAGCGAUCGAUAUCACCCUUUAAUUUGCACUGAUAGAUAAUAUCUUAGUGUCAGCUCUCUAACAGCGUCAUUUAUCACUGUUUCACGCAAAGCCCCUGAAGGAUAUUUUCAGAUAUUACAACAUCGGAAUGAUGGUCAUGAAUUAUUGAUUCUUGGCCGAAAGGUGUCAAACGUAUUGUUUAGAAGAAGAAAUAAUGAUUUCUCCAUAAAUUACUAAAUAUUACGUCACUUUGACGCUUAAAAAUUGUAAAAUGGCUUCAAACGAGAAUAAGUUUAUCGAUCGAGCCCCAUUCAUUUUAGCCGCCGGAAAAUUAUCCGAUAAUUUGGGAGAUAGCGUCGCGAACUGUUUAAAACAAUAUUCCGUAGACGAUGCAUCUAAAGCUUUGAAGUAUUUUGCCAAUGCAAAGAACGCCAAGCCCGUGUACGAACCCGAACCUUAUAAAAACAAAAUCCAGAGAGGUGUUUAUACAGAAAUCCGGACAAUCCUGCAGCCGGCGGUAAAAACCCGCUACCAAACCCUAAUUAAUGAACUGAAAGAGACUUCGUACGAAUCGCACUGGAAUAAAUGCAUCGGCAAAAGUCGCGAUCCAAUUCCCGGACUGCCAAAGGGAUUAAAUCCACUUGAAGUCACUUUUGGAAUAAAAAGCAACAAGGACGAGUCAGUCAAAGAGCUCGUGAAUCCGCCGAAAGGCGUCUAUCAGGUCCUGACAGAGAACCAGAUUGCUCAUGAAAUGUAUAAAAAAUCGCACAAUGACUACAAUGUGGGGGAGCGGAUCUGUCGCAAUUAUUUAUCCCCGGCUUUCGAUAGCUCAAAACGGUUCGGCGAACGGACGAAAUUCGAUCCACGGGGAAUUUGGGUUAGGUGUGCUUGCACUUGGCAUCAGAACGAGCCGGUGGUUUACACGAACAAAAUCCAGGCCGAUUUUUUGAACAAAACCCGGAACAAACUGGGCGAGUGUCUGCGGCCGAAUAAUAUCGGCGAGCAGCUGCCUAAAGAUUUCGUCUACGGAAAACCAGCAGUGAGGGACUUGUACGGCGUUGAAGAGUUGCUGAAAGAUGGCGACUGUCCACCAUGCCAGUUUAAACGAGACCUGAAGUGCUGGCUCAUGUCCUUCAACAAGAUGAAGCAGAACUUAUUCAAGCGGUUCACUCUGGAAUUCACACCCAAUGAUCUGGCCAAAUCCUUGCUGUAUUAUGAUGGGGACCAAAGUGGGACCUUGCCUUUGGAGACGUUCUACAAAGUGUGCUCCUGCCACCGUUUCACCUUCGACAGGGCAAAUCUGGAGCCGCUGCUGCGGCUGCUUUCAAUCAUUUGCGAGGAUAAAAUCCUCUAUAUGAAAUUUCUGGAUAUUGUGGACAGCAAGACUCCGCCCUUGCAGCUGAUGAAAAUUCAGGAUGUUCCCGAGCGCAAUCAGUAUUAUCUCAGUUCGAGUCAGGCGGCCGUUUGCGAUUACUUGCUAAUAAAUAAUGCCAGUAGUCCCCCCGCGGGCAUUCCAUCCAUUCGAUACGACUUGUCACGUCCUAUAGUCCCGCACGGAGGCUGCAGAGCCGAUUUGGAAAAUUUGGGGGACGAGUGCUCGGCUGCAAUUUUACUGAAUCCGAGCGUUUAUUGCAACUACGGUUUGUCAUUCCGAGAUUUCUUCCUGCCUCGAAAACCUGACGUUUUACGAAGCUUAUUUGAAAAAGUCGGUUACGAAAUAGACGACGCAUCCUUUGAAAAAUUGUGGACGGAAGGCGUCGAUCAGGAUAAAACUGGCUCAGUGUGCGUCGACACUUUUAACAAUUUGGUGCAAAAGUAUAACGGCGAGCAUAAGAAACUGAAAAUUGAUGAAGCAACAUGCUGAAUAAAUAAACACGAAAUGUGGAA